CUUCCGUUAUCCCUUCUUUUACCGUUUGCCCAACAUGUCGUUUUCUUGGUCUUUCGUUUUCCCUUUCCCUUCCACUCGCCAUCUCCCCCCUUUUUGGUCUUUCCUCAGCUUGAACUAGUUGGCUUCAUCCCCCCCCUUGCUCUAGUGAGAUCGCCAAACAGCGACCGGGCAAGUCUCUUCACUACCUAUAACGGUAAACCUGAGUGAAGAGUACACAAAUGGCUGCCGCCAGCGUCAAGGGGACUAUCCUCGUCACGGGAGCCAACGGCGCGCUCGGCAGCGCCAUCGCCGAGCGGAUCGCCGAGCAGCCCGAACUCGCCGCCUACCACGGGCUCUAUGUCGUCCGUGAUGCGGCGCACGCGCCAGCACUCGCCUCGGCGCUUGUGCGCGGCGGCGGGGCGCAUGCGCACGAUGUUGUGGCCCUCGACCUGACGAGGCCUGACGACGUGCGCCGGGUGGCGAAGGGGAUCAAUGUUCGCGUCGCUGCCGGCGAGAUCCCGCCGCUCCGCGCCCUCGUCCUCAACGCCGGCUUCCAGGACUUCGGCCGCCAGUCGUGGACCGCCGAUGGCUUUGACACCACAUUCGCUGCCAACUACCUCGGCCACUGGCUCCUCACCCUGCUUCUGCUUCAGAGCCUAGAUAGGGAGGUCGGCCGGAUCGUUGUGAUCGGGAGCCAGGGUCACGACCCCAACGACCCGCGAAACGCGCGCGGCAAGGCCUUCGAGAACCCGAAGUAUAAGACCUUCAUCUCAGACGCCGUCAGCUUCGAGGCGAUUGCCAAAGGGGAGUGGAGCCCGGCGACCGAGGACGCGUCCUUCCGCGGCGGGUUCCGGCGGUACGGCGCCGCGAAGCUCUUCCUGGUCAUGAUGCAGCACGAGCUGCAGGCACGGCUGGACGCCGACACCGCGCUCCACCGCAUCUGCGUCCUCGGUGUCGACCCGGGCACCAUGAUAAGCGGCCUGCAGCGGCUCGCGUCGUGGGUCAUCCGUGUGCUCAUCUUCAAGAUAAUCUACCCGAUCCUGCUGUACCUAAACCCGCACAACGGGCCAGUGAGGCCGCCCAGCCGCUCGGCCAGCGAUGUCCUGGAGGCCGCCUUCGGAGUGGGCGAGGGAGGUGAGCUGCCGAAGGACAGGUACUUCGACGGGAGGGCGCCGCUGCAGACGAGCGAGGAGUCUAGGGACCUGGCGAAGAGGAAGUUGGUGUGGGAGGAGACAGUGAAGCUGGCGGGUCUGAAGGAGGGCGAGACAGUUUUGGAAAAUUGGCAGUAGGCAACUAUAGAUUGGCUAGGAUCAAUUGACUGGGUAGUAUUCACAUUAUGAUGUCACAUGAUAGGGAGACGAGACAACAGAUCUACCAAGAAAGUCAUA